UUAUAGCUUUAGGCUUCCGUACGGUCGCCAGCUCCGUCCACAGCCCUGGAGCAGAACAAAACGCGCAGCAAUCUUCUACUUGAUCAGCCGAUCGAUUCUGUGGAUUUAUUGGUGGAAGUAGCGGCGGAUUCGGCGGCGGCGGCGGCAUAGCUGGGUCUUCUUCCGGAUAGAUAUUUGGGCCGGAGAACGGUUGCGGUGCCAUUCUAAAUGCAGAUGCCCGGUAGGCACAUCGAGGAAUAGUCGACGAUGGCUCGAGAGAAGCGGGCUUUGGAUCUGAGCGAUGUAGAAGAGCAUGGCGGCCCCGAUGCCAAGCGCCAGAAGGUCCCAGCUCUUGCAAGUGUGAUUGUGGAAGCUCUCAAGUUGGAUAGCUUGCAGAAGCUUUGUUCAUCUUUAGAGCCCAUACUCCGCCGAAUUGUUAGUGAAGAAGUGGAACGCGCUUUAGCAAAGAUGGCUCCUUCCAGGCUUGGCGCAAGGUCUUCUCCAAAGCGCAUAGAAGGGCCUGAUGGAAGAAACCUGCAACUGCAUUUCAAGUCAAGAUUGUCUUUACCAAUAUUUACAGGAGGAAGAGUAGAAGGAGAGCAAGGAGCUUCUAUUCAUGUUGUGCUAAUUGAUGCCAAUAGCGGCCGUGUAGUAACCUCAGGACCUGAGUCUUUUGCAAAAAUAGAUGUUGUGGUUCUUGAGGGUGAUUUUAACAAUGAAGAUGAUGAGGACUUGACCGAUGAAGAAUUCGAGAGUCAUGUAGUCAAAGAACGUGAAGGAAAGAGACCUCUUUUGACUGGUGAUUUACAAGUUUCCUUGAAAGAAGGUGUGGGAACCCUUGGAGAACUAACUUUUACUGACAAUUCCAGCUGGAUAAGAAGUAGGAAGUUUAGGCUUGGGCUGAAGAUUUCAUCUGGAUAUUGUGAUGGUAUUCGAAUCCGAGAGGGGAAAACUGAAGCAUUUACUGUGAAGGAUCACAGAGGAGAAUUAUACAAGAAGCACUACCCACCUGCCUUAAAAGAUGAAGUUUGGAGAUUGGAAAAGAUUGGCAAAGAUGGUGCAUUCCACAAGAAGUUAAAUAAGGCUGGGAUUCUCAUAGUUGAAGACUUUCUACGUUUUCUGGUUAGAGAUCAACAGAGAUUGAGAAAUAUCCUUGGAAGUGGCAUGUCAAAUAAGAUGUGGGAUAUCCUUUUGGAGCAUGCCAAAACCUGUGUCCUUAGUGGAAAGUAUUAUAUAUACUAUUCUGAUGAAAAAAGGAAUGUUGGUGCUAUUUUCAAUAAUAUCUAUGAAUUUUCUGGCCUUGUUGGUGGUGAACGGUAUUUCUCAGUAGAAUCUCUCGAUGACAGUCAGAAGGUUUUUGCUGAUACAUUGGUGAAAAAGGCAUAUGCUAAUUGGAUGCAUGUCAUAGAGUAUGAUGGCGAGGCCCUUCUGAGCUCCAAGCAGAACAAUAAGUUUCCUCGCAAUGAAACUUCAUCAGCUGUCCCAACUAAGCCUUCACAUGACCUGCAAUCUUCAAAACAGCAGAUGCCAGCUCCAGUUGCUAUGGAGCAACCUUCGGCCUAUGCAGGAAUUUCUGCCGGAGGUCAGAGCUUUAGAACUGCAGGGGUGCUCAACACUGGGUAUUCUGGAAACCAAAUACCCCAACAAUUGAACUCCAAUGUCAAUUUCAAGUUCAACAAUACUUCUUUUGACCCUCACCAUCAAUUCAAUGGCUCCUCCCAGGAGGCUCAAGUUACUAGAAACAAUACUACAGGACUCGGUGACACCCAAUCCAUACAACCUGUAAAUAUUAACUCUUAUGAUGACUGGUCAUGCCCGCGCGAGAGCCUUAGUGUUGAUGACUUCUCGGAGGACGAAAUCCGAAUGAGAAGCCAUGAGAUGUUAGAGAAUGAUGACAUGCAGCAUUUGCUCCGAGUCCUCACCAUGGCUGGAUAUACUUCUAAUCUGCAAGAAGAUGGAUACAAUUUCUCAUCUUAUAUGCCAUCUUUACCCUCCUGCAACUUCGAUGAUGAUCGGAGCCGUUCAUCGGGUAAAGCCAUCGUUGGAUGGCUUAAAAUCAAGGCUGCUAUGAGAUGGGGCAUCUUCAUUAGGAAGAAAGCAGCAGAGAGAAGAGCUCAGAUUGUUGAGCUUGAAGAUCAAUAGAGCAGGCAGAGAUGGUGAAAAAUUGAAAUCAAACGAGUUUCCUUGUUAAGUGAUGAUAUUAUGCUUAUCAUGUAAGACGAAUUUUCCCAUAUGUAUAGUAAUUUGCUUCCCUAUGUGUUAAGUAAGCCUUCAUGUUCUUAUUGUUGUGUUUUGCUCAGCCCUCAAGGACUUGCUAUUUUUAAUGAUGUCUGUUAAGUGGGUUCUUAGUUUAAGAUA